UUGCAUGUUUCUUAUAGUUACGAUUUAAUAAUUAUCUGUAGAUCUCUGUUAUUUGCUUAGUUCGCAUCUUAAAUAAUAUUUGUUGAUAUUUUUUGAUAUAUAAGCGUAGACUGCUUGUAUUAAUAUCUGCAAGUCACAAUGGGAGUGGGAGCAGAAAAUACAGUGUCCACCUCAAUUCACAAUGGGGGCUACAAGGAGGAAAUGGAACUGGCUUUGAAACCAAGCCUAGAGAGUGCAGUAGUGGUACCAGAGGAUGGAGACCACGCAACUUCAGGGAGAGAGACCUGGGGCCGGCGCCUUGAGUUCAUCCUCGCGUCGGUGGGGUACGCGGUUGGACUGGGGAACGUGUGGCGGUUCCCAUACCUUUGUUACAGGAGCGGUGGAGGCGCCUUCCUUGUGCCGUACCUGAUAAUGCUGUUUCUGUGUGGGAUUCCCCUGCUGUUCAUCGAGUUCGCCAUCGGGCAGUACACCCGCCUGGGACCGGUACAUGCCCUAGCUAAAAUCUGUCCCCUGCUGAAAGGUGUAGGGCUGGCGACGGUUGUGAUCUCCUUUGUCCUCAGCACCUACUACAAUGUCCUCAUGACAUGGGCCCUCUUUUACUUCUUCAAUUCCUUCGGAAGCACUCUGCCCUGGCAGUCCUGUAAUAACACCUGGAACGUUGGGGCUAACUGCUCAACCGGUUUCCCCGGCAAUGCUACUCACCUUCAGUCUGCCAGCCAACAGUUUUUUGAUCGUAGAAUGCUGGAGAUGACCAAUGGAAUUGAGCAGGCAGGAAACAUGCGCUGGGAGCUGUUUGGCCUCCUCAUCCUGUCCUGGACAAUUGUUUACCUGUGCAUCUUCAAAGGGGUCAAAUCGACUGGAAAGGUAGUUUACUUCACAGCCACAUUUCCGUACCUCAUCCUGCUAGCUCUGAUGAUCAACAACGUCCAGCUACCAGGUGCCAAAGAUGGGUUACUGUAUUUUCUGACACCCAGAUGGGGCAAACUGCUUGAAGUACAGGUGUGGGUCAAUGCCGCCGCCCAGGUCUUCAACUCCAUUGGCAUCAGCUUCGGGAGCAUGAUCUCCAUGGCCAGCUACAACAAGCUCAACAACAACAUCCUCAGGGACACUUUGAUUGUCUCCUUGGCUAACUCAGCCACCAGUAUAUUUGCUGGCUUUGUGAUAUUCUCUGCAAUCGGAUAUAUGGCCUACCUUCACAACCUGUCUGUUGACAAUAUAGCCACUGAUGGUCCUGGCCUGGUGUUCGUGGUGUACCCUGAGGUUUUUUCCACCAUGCCUGUUCCCCAGCUGUGGGCAGCUCUCUUCUUCCUUAUGCUGCUCUGCCUGGGGCUGGACAGUCAGUUCGCCAUGGUAGAAGUGGCAGUGACGUUCAUCAUGGACGGCUUUCGUACUAAGGUCUUAAGAGUCCUGAAGAAGAAGGAGCUGGUUGUCUUGGCUGUGUGCUCUGUGGGAUUUCUCCUGGGAAUUCCUCACAUCACUCAGGGAGGGAUCUUUGUCUUUCAGUUGAUGGACCAUUACACAGCUGUGGUGUCACUCAUGUUCCUGGCCUUCUUCGAGGUGCUCGCUGUCUGCUGGCUUUUCGGGGUGCAGCGCAUUUCCUGCAUGGUUAAGAGGAUGCUGGGAAAGCCUCCAAACAGAUUCUUGCGAUUCUGCUGGUCAGUGGUCUCCCCAUUGUUAGUUUUGUGCAUCCUGAUCUCCAGCAUUGCCCAGUACACUCCGGCUCGUUACGGCAAAAUGUACACGUACCCACUGUGGGCAGAGGUGGUGGGCUGGUUCAUCUCUCUGGUGUCCAUAGUGUGGAUCCCUCUUGGAGCUUUGCAUGAGCUUUAUAGACGCAAGGGUUCAUUUCUGCAGCGACUGAAGGCCUCCAUUAUGCCAACAGUGGAGCUGGACACAUUCCAUCACCUUCCGGAGAAGACUAGAGCAGACUCCCCAGAAGCCAUGUCCUUGUGCAGUGUCCCUGAAAAAUCACUUUUCAGCGGCUAGGGUAAAGGUGUAUAACUAUCGUGGA